AUGUCGGAACUCACGCACUUCGACCUCCUCCCCCUCCAAAUAGACCCCCAGUCCAAGGCCAUCUCCUCGCCGUCGCCGUCGCGUGCCCUCGCCGCCGAGCUCGCCCAGCUCAACGCGCUCCACCGCUCCCUCGUCACCUCGGACACCACCGGCCCGCACGGCGUCCCGCCCCCGCCGAUGCCCGUCAACCCCAAGCGCUCCGCCAACGUCGCCAAGCUCCGCGAUAGCGGCAACGCCGAGUUCCACAAGAAGAAGUACGCCGAGGCCAUCAAGUUCUACACGCUCGGCCUGCAGAUGGCCCUCACCCGGCCCCUCUGGGAGCCCUCCCAGCUCGUCCGCGAGGAGGUGUCGGGCCUGUACGCCAACAGGGCGCAGGCGCACAUGGCGCUGCAGCAGUGGGCCGAGGGCUCCGUCGACGCCGAGGCCAGCGUCGAGGCGCGCAAGGUCGGCAACGCAAAGGCGUGGUGGCGCCGCGGGAGGUGUCUGAUUGAGAUGGGCCGCCUCGAGGAGGCGAGGGAGUGGGUCGGCAAGGCGCUCGAGUUCGAGGGCGAGGAGGCGGAGCUCGUCGCCCAGUACAAGGAUAUCGAGGCGCGUCUGGAGAACAAGGACAGCGCUUGA